AUGUUCGGCUUCGUGAAAGCAGGCAAAAAUGUGGCAGACGGGGCGACUGAUAUGGGAAGAGGGGUUCAAUCACUCGGUACAAAUGCGGCCGGCGGGGCCGGCGACCUGAGAAACAUAGGAUCAACUGUAUCAACGGGAACCGAAACUCCUCUUUUGAGAGCAUCCCCAGAUAAUUUGGGGCAGGCUGACGAUGUAGCCAGAUUCUCAAACCCAGUUGAUGACGUAUCCAAAUUCUCAAAUCCGGAUCCGAUGUUGACAGGAGCUAGUCAAAUUGGAAUGAAUACAGCCAGACAGACGACCAAUACUCUCCAAGGUUCAAGAUCAGUUUUGAGCUUAGGAUCAGUGUUAAAAUCCUUUGGGAACUCUAUCUACAGAUCGUACUACAGACUUACGGCGAAGUUCUAUGGAUAUCUACAAAGAAGUGCUUCUAGACAAGCAGAAAACCUCAACGAACAAAUUGCAUAUUUACGCGCAAACAAAGCGCCCGAUAGGCUAAUCACCAAUCUCUCAAAGAAGCGCCUCGACGCGUUUGGUCAAACAAUCGUCAACCAACAAAAAGAGAGCCAGGCCCUUAUGAAAGCAGGAGGUGGGAUGAACAUGCAAUGA